AUGAAUGUACCACAACGAAUAAUUACGAACCUUACCAUGACUGAAGAAGUACUUACAGCUUUUGGAGACUUUGUGUUCAUUGACUACACCGUAGAAACUUUUACAGCCACAUUAAAAGUGUUCAAUCAAUCUGAUAAAUGGCACAGUACGUCCAAAUUUCUGAUCUUAUUUCAAAACUUAACAGAAAAUGAAGUGGAAAUUCUUUUUGCUAAGUUGUGGCAGGUCAAUAUUUACAACGCAGUAGUAUCUGCAGACUUUGCAACAUUUUUUACUUGGUUUCCAUAUUUGAAACACAAUGAUUGUGGUAAAUAUAUUAACUUAAUUAAUGUAACUAAAGAUCCAUAUACGGGCUUCAAUUGUAACAUUUUACCUAUAAAAAACGAAAAAUUUGAACAACUAACUGAGUUUGUUAGAAAACAUUUAAAUAGAGAAUCUUUGACAUUAAUAGACAACACAGAAGACAUGAACGAACUAUUUACUUCUAUGGAUGUACCACAACAAAUCAUCACAAAUGUUUCUAUGAUAGAAAAAGUAAUACAAGCUUUUGGAGACUUUUUGUUUAUUGAUCACACUAUACAAUCUUUUACCACGACUUUAAAGUUGUUCAAUAAGUCUGAUAAAUGGCACAGCACGUCCAAAUUUCUGAUCGUAUGUAAGAAUGUGACAGACAUAGAGAUAAAAGUUGUUUUUGCAAAAUUGUGGAGGGUUAAUAUUUAUUACGCAGUAGUAUCUGCAGACUUCAAAACAUUUUUUACGUGGUUUCCGUAUUCUAAAGAGAAUAAUUGCGGUAAAAGUUUUAAUUUAGUUAAUUUAACAGAUCCAUAUAAGAAAAAAAUUCCUAACGACUUAGAUUCGUGUCAAUUUAAUAUUACAAUAGCUCCCUAUAAGUUGUAUUUUAAUGAGACCACCAGAAGAGGUUAUCUAGCUGAAUUGUCUAACGCCAUUGGAAAAAAGCUUAAUUUAGAUAUUAAUAUUAUUAACGUACAUAAUUACAUAGAGGGUAUGGCAGUACAUGGUACUUACGAUCUCUUUAUAUACGAUAUGGAGAAUUACAAUAUAGAAGCUGGUUUUUUAGGAGUACUUGAUUUUCAACAUCUUUCCAAUUAUCAAUCUGAAUAUAGUAGACCAUGCAUUGUAAACUAUAUGUACAUCCUAUGCCCCCCUAGAGAACCAAUAAAGCCAAAUAUGAUUACGUUGUUCUCGUACACUCUGUCCCUUCCUGUUUUUGCGGUAUUUCUGAUAACAACAUUUUUAUGGAAGAUCUCAUGCUUCAAUUGUAACAUUUUACCUAUAAAAAACCAAAAAUUUGAACAAUUAACUGAUUUUGUUACAAAACAUUUAAAUAGAAAAUCUUUGACAUUAAUAGACAAUACAGAAAACAUGGACCAACUAUUUACUUCUAUGGAUGUACCACAACGAAUCAUCACAAAUAUUUCUAUGGUAGAAGAACUGAUACAGGCUUUUGGAGACUUUGUGUUUAUUGAUAACACUAUAGAAUCUUUUACCACGACAUUAAAAUUGUUCAAUCAGUCUGAUAAAUGGCACAGCACGUCCAAAUUUCUGAUCGUAUUUAAGAAUUUGACGGACAUAGAGAUGAAAGUUGUUUUUGCAAAGUUGUGGAGGGUUAAUAUAUAUAACGUAGUAGUAUCUGCGGACUUUAUAACAUUUUUUACUUGGUUUCCGUAUUCUAAAGAGAAUAAUUGCGGUAAAAGUUUUAAUGUAGUUAAUGUAACAACAGAUGCAUAUAAGGAAAAAAUUCCAAACAAAUUCGAUUCGUGCCAACUUAAUAUUACGAUGGCUCCCUAUAAGUUUUAUUUUAAUAAGACCACCAAAAGAGGUCAUCCAGCUGAAUUGUCUAAGGCCAUUGGGAAGCAGCUUAAUCUAGAUAUUAAUAUUGUUACCGUACAUGAUUACAUUGAAAGUUUGGUCGUACAUGGCUUCAAUUGUAACAUUUUACCUAUAAAAAACGAAAAAUUUGAACAAUUAACUGAUUUUGUUACAAAACAUUUAAAUAGAGCAUCUUUGACAUUAAUAGACAAUACAGAAAACAUGGACCAACUAUUUACUUCUACGGAUGUACCACAACGAAUUAUCACAAAUGUUUCUAGGGUAGAGGAAGUAGUGCAAGCUUUUGGAGACUUUGUGUUUAUUGAUCAAACUAUAGAAUCUUUUACCACGACUUUAAAGUUGUUCAAUCAGUCUGAUAAAUGGCACAGCACGUCCAAAUUUCUGAUCUUGUGUAAGAAUUUGACGGGCAUGGAGAUAAAAGUUGUUUUUGCAAAAUUGUGGAGGGUUAAUAUUUAUAACGCAGUAGUAUCUUCAGACUUUAAAACGUUUUUUACGUGGUUUCCGUAUUCUAAAGAGAAUAAUUGCGGUAAAAAUUUUAAUGUAGUUAAUGUAACAACAAAUGCAUAUAAGGAAAAAAUUCCAAACAAGCUGGAUUCGUGUCAAUUUAAUAUUACAGUUGCACCUUAUAAGGGGUAUUUUAAUGAGACCACCAAAAGAGGUUAUCCAGCUGAAUUGUCUAAGGCCAUUGGGAAGCAGCUUAAUCUAGAUAUUGAUAUUGUUAACGUGCAUGAUUACAUUAAGAGUCUUGCUGUACAUGGUACUUACGAUCUCUUUAUAUACGAUAUGGAGACUUACAAUAUACAAGCUGGUUUGGUAGCAGUAUUUCAUUUUCAACAUCUUCCCAAUUAUCAAGCUGAAUAUAGUAGAGCAAGCAAUAUAAACUAUAUGUACAUCCUAUGCCCACCUAGAAAACCAAUAGAGCCAAAUAUGAUUAUGUUGUUCUCGUAUACCCUGUUCUUACCCAUUUUUGCGGUAUUUCUGACAACAACAUUUUUAUGGAAGAUAUCAUGCAAGUUAGAGUUUCAAGAAACAGUAUUUCUGGUUUAUAAAUUAUUUAUUACUCUUAUUAUUGAUUUUCGUAAAGUGAGCAAUGUUAAAAUAACCAUAUAUUUGUUGUUUUUCUUAUGGUUUUCAUACUACAUUUCUACUUUUUAUCAAACUAAGCUAAGCGCAAUUUUAACAAGUCCACUUUUAACACCGAAAAUAAAGAAUCUAGAUCAAUUUCUAAAAUCAAAUUACCGCCUAUUGGGCGAUCACGCGUUGCCGGAAUUUGUGAAACCUAGAGGUGAAGACAUCGUUAAGAAGAUACGAAAAAAGCUUAUAGAUUCCACCAACAUGGCGGAUGAUCUACCGAAGUUUCUUGAAGAACCAAAGUAUGGAUUUGCCCCAUCGAGUCAUAUGUUACGAACGAUUAAAAACGUUAAAGAUGUUGAAGUAAUGUAUGACGAUCCAGUAUGCUUCAAUAGUAACAUUUUACCUAUAAAAAAUGAAAAAUUUGAAAAAUUAACUGAUUUUGUUACAAAACAUUUAAAUAGACAAUCUUUGACAUUAAUAGACAAUACAGAAAACAUGGACCAAAUAUUUACCUCUAUGGAUGUACCACAACGAAUUAUCAGAAAUGUUUCUGUGGUAGAGGAAGUAGUGCAAGCUUUUGGAGACUUUGUGUUUAUUGAUCACACUAUAGAAUCUUUUACCACGACUUUAAAGUUGUUCAAUCAGUCUGAUAAAUGGCACAGCACGUCCAAAUUUCUGAUCUUAUGUAAGAAUUUGACGGACAUGGAGAUGAAAAUUGUUUUUGCAAAAUUGUGGAGGGUUAAUAUUUAUAACGCAGUAGUAUCUGCAGACUUUAAAACAUUUUUUACGUGGUUUCCGUAUUCUAAAGAGAAUAAUUGUGGUAAAGGUUUUAAUUUAGUUAAUUUAAUAUCAGAUCCGUAUACCGAAAAAAUUCCAAACAAAUUGGAUUCGUGUCAAUUUAAUAUUACAAUGGGUCCCUAUAAGUUGUAUUUUAAUAAGACUACUAGAAGAGGUUAUCUAGCUGAAUUGUCUAAGGCCAUUGGGAAAAAGCUUAAUCUAGAUAUCAAUAUUGUUAAUGUACAUAAUUACAUUAAGAGUACGAUCGUACAUGGUACUUAUGAUCUCUUUAUAUACGAUAUGGAGACUUACAAUAUAGAAGCGGGUUUUGUAGGAGUAUUUCAUUUUCAACAGGUUCCCAAUUAUCAAGCUGAAUAUAGUAGACCAAGCUUUAUAAACUAUAUUUACAUCCUUUGCCCACCUAGAGAACCAAUAGAGCCAAAUAUGAUUAUGUUGUUUUCAUACACCAUGUACCUUCCCGUUUUUGCGGUAUUUCUAAUAACAACAUUUUUCUGGAAGAUCUCAUGUAAGUUACAGUUUCAAGAAACAAUAUUUCUGGUUUAUAAACUAUUUAUUACUCUUAUUAUUGAUCUUCGCAAAGUGAGCAAUGUUAAAACCACCAUAUAUUUGUCGCUCGUCUUAUGGUUUUCAUACUACAUCUCUACUUUUUAUCAAACUAAGCUAAGCGCAAUUUUAACGAGUCCACUUUUAACACCGAAAAUAAAAAAUCUAGAUCAAUUUCUAAAAUCAAAUUACCGCCUGAUGGGGGAUCAUGCUUUGCCGGAAUUUGUGAAACCUAGAGGUGAAAAAAUCGUUAAGAAGAUACGACAAAAGGUUCUAGAUUUGAACAACAUUGCGGAUGAUCUAGCGAAGUUCCUUAAAGAACCAACGUAUGGGAUUGCCCCAUCCAGUCAUAUUUUACGAAUGAUUAAGAACGUUAAAGAUAUAGAAGUUAUGUAUGACGAUCCAGUAUGUAUUUUAUUAAUUAUUUUAUUAAUUUUCAUAAACCCGAGCGAGGUGCAGAUGUAUCCCAGUCACAAAACUGACUUGACUUGA